CUCGGGACAUUGACCAAAGACAUCAACCACAGUUUGACCACGACACUUCUGACGUGUAACACCAUGUAUUAAGCCAUUUCACCAACCAUAUCACAAGGGUUUCAAUAUCAUCAACGCAAGUAAUAUAACUUAACUAUCUCUCCUCUCUUUUCUUAAGAUAACUUCUCUCUCUCUAUUCGUUGGUAUAAAAAAAGAAGACUAGGAAAAUGACGGAGUGGCUUCCGGUGGUGGUCGCGACGGUGUUGUUUGUGGUGCUGAGCCCGGGAUUGUUGUUUCAGGUUCCGGGAAACAACAACUUUGUAGACUUCGGGAAGAUGGAAACGAGCGGAUACUCAAUCCUUCUCCACGCCUUCCUUUACUUUGGCCUUGUCACUGUCUUCACCGUCGUCAUCCACUUUCCGGGCACUUAAUUCUAUGUAAUCUUUACUUACAAAAACUUUUUCUUCCUAUCUAUGCUUUUACCUUUUCUAUAUUAUCAGUUAUACCAUGUUUCCCGUGUUCACCUAAUUAUUAUGCUAAUGUUUUGUUACUUUUACGUUAUAAUGAUAUCAAACUUGCGAUGCGUAAGAAACUUGUUUCGAAUUAGUAAUGACAAAAUGGAUAGUUG